GUCCCUCUCAUAAUCUUUGCCCACUAUCUGACCACACAGAGCGGCUGCAGAGUGAAGCAGAGCACGAGCUCUCUGUAUUUCCUGCUGUUAUUCUUCUAAUCAUGGGAUAGGAGCAGCUUGCCUUUUUUUUUGUCUCCAGAGUUUCUACUCAGUUUUGGAACAUGACUGUGGAUCCCCUCUUGGAGUUACUAAAGGAUUAGUUCCUGUGUCUGCCAAGCAUGAUGUCUCUUUCUGUUAGUCUUCAGUCUGGCUGCAGGAGUGGAUCAUUAUGAGAGGGGGACACCACCAGCGAGGAUGUGGUUGUCCACACCUGUUUAGGAAACUGCUCAGUAAAUGUGGCUGCUGCUUUGUCCAAGUUAGAGCGGAGUCGUACUCUGUGGCGGUCAGUGACGGCAGCAUUCCUCCAUCAGUGGGCUCUGUGCCCCACCAGGCCUCAGGCAGCUCCAGCCCCUGCUCACACUCCCCAACUGGAGGAUCACGGCACCCUGUCAGCGCCCUCAAGAAAUGGCUCACCAAUCCUGUCCGCAAGCUAAGCUCUGAUGCGAGAGAGGGACUGGGAAAAGUGGAGAAGCAGAUGUGCAGGUCAGACGGGCGGCAGCCGCCAUCGCUCCUUUCCCACAGCGAAGCUCAGCUGAGGCCUCUGGAGCCGCACCACAGCUACUCCAUCGUUCCCUGUGGAGACACAGUGUGGAGAAACAGGAUGUGUAGUCCAGAAGCUCUUUCUCCCAAACAACUGCCCUGUCAGAGGCCCUUACCUAACCCCCCGCAAGAAAGAGACAUGCAGAGUGAGAGUCAAAAAUCGAGUAUCAACAAUCUCCAUGGAGAAGACAGCUGCAAAGUGACUGAGGACUCGGCCAGCCAGUCGUCUGCUACAAUAGACAGCGAGGAGGAGAUGAACAUUGCCUUAGAGAAGAGCAUAUAUGUGCUGACAGAGCUAGUAGAGACCGAACGGUUGUAUGUGGAAGAUCUUGGACUCAUAGUGCAGGGCUACAUGGCCACCAUGGCCAAUCAAGGAGUUCCGGAGGACAUGAAAGGAAAGGACAGGAUUGUCUUUGGAAACAUCCACCAGAUUUAUGACUGGCAUAAGGAUUAUUUCCUGGGAGAGCUGGAGAAAUGUGUGGACGAUCCAGACAGUCUGGCCCAGCUCUUCAUCAAACACGAACGGCGUCUUCACAUGUAUGUUGUUUACUGCCAGAAUAAGCCCAAAUCAGAGCACAUUGUUUCUGAGUAUAUUGAGACCUUCUUUGAGGAUCUCCGACAGCAGCUAGGUCACAGGCUGCAGCUCAAUGAUCUGCUCAUCAAACCUGUUCAGAGGAUAAUGAAGUAUCAGCUACUGCUAAAGGACUUCCUGAAGUACUACAGCAAAGCAGCUCGGGAUGUUGAGGAGCUGCAGAGGGCGGUGGAGGUGAUGUGCUUUGUGCCAAAACGCUGUAAUGAUAUGAUGAAUGUGGGCAGACUGCAGGGUUUUGAGGGGAAAAUCACAGCUCAGGGGAAGCUGCUCCAGCAGGAUACUUUCUCCGUCAGCGAGCAGGAAAGCGGUCUAAUGUCCAGGCCGAGGGAGAGGCGGGUCUUCCUGUUUGAGCAGCUGGUCAUCUUCAGUGAGCCAAUAGAUAAGAAAAAGGGCUUCUCUUGUCCAGGGUACACUUUUAAGAACAGCAUCAAGGUCAGCUGUUUGGGCGUGGAGGAUCAUUCUGAGGAAGAUCCAUGCUGUCUGGCCCUGACCUCGCGAGGGACUAAUGGCAUCUUGACACGUUACAUCAUGCAGACAUCAUCUCCGGAUAUACAGGAAGCUUGGCUCAAUGACGUGGUCCAGAUGUUAGAGACGCAAAGGAACUUCCUAAAUGCCCUUCAGUCUCCGAUAGAGUACCAACGAAAGGAGAGCAAAUCAAGCAGCCUAGGCAGGAACAUAAAGUCUCCAUCUGCGUCAGCAUCAGGCCUCAGACCUCGCUCCUCAGCAUCCAUGGACCGACGUCAGCAGCCCUGCAUGCUGGCCUACAACACCUCGCUGCCCUCUCUGUAUCCAACACAUCACAGCCCCGCCUUGAAGGAAGGACGAGGCCAUGGGACAGCAAACGGCUUGACCUGCAGCUUGCAUAGCAUGCAGGGUUUGACAGCUGGUUUCCAGGCAACCAAAUUAAACGAGGAUAAACUUCAUUCAGCAAAUCGUCCAACAAACCUGGAUGAGCUGAUGGGGAGCAAGCAUCAAUGACCUGCAAAGAUAAAUGAACUCUGGAUAAGGAGAGACGUGUCAGUCAUAACCUGAAUUUAUCUGAACAUGCAGGAAGUGGUGCUCUGUCAGCAUCUUUGUUUCACUCUGUCACAGAGGUCACAGAGGUCACAGAGGUCUCAGUUUGUCUGUCUAAACUGUAUGUGUUGUCCUCAUUUUCCCUUGACUACCGUUAUGGCAUAAGCUUUCCUGGAUUUGAUACUCUUUAAUAAUAGUGUGACUGAGUGUAUGUGUGUGCAUACACUGCAUAUCAAUUCUUCUGGGGAUGGUGAGAACAAAUACGAUUAAAUGUCUUAAAAUAUGGUUUUGAAGCACCACAGAAACUGUGCUCCAUAUUUGUAUAUGCAUACAUUUCUUAGUUUUUCCAUUGAAGUUCCUUGAUUAAUAUUUUUGUAUUGCAUCAUAUUUUCAUAAGAAUAGUUUGACUCAAUUCCCUCUGAGACCUGGCUCUCAAAUCUCUGUCAGACUAUGUCCCCAAAUAACUACAUCCCUGGGUGACUGUAGAGUCCAGCUUCACUGUGGGAUCCGAGCCCCUACUGUACGAGCUUUGUAUGUCUGUGCUUUCCCAGCAGAUUAGUAAAUUGCGGUGUUUUCCCUCCAGUGGGCUAUUUUAACUCCACCAUUGUUGAGGGGUUAUCUGAACGAAACACAUUGACAAAUUACCACAAAUUGAGCAGAAAGAGAAAAAGAGGAACAAGAUAAAACAAAGGUUGACAUCCAUCACUGUAUUCUGCAAUGUAAACAAUCUCAUACGGGAUUGAAUCAAUAAAACUUUUCGACAUGUGUGUGUCCUGAUACACACACUUUGAUUAAAUACAAAUGCUGUCAA